GGGUGCAGUCGUAGAGCCUUAGUCGCCAAAAUCGGGGAAGUUUUCUGCGAACGCCCCGGCCUCGGGGCGAUUGAACUAUCGCUAGCCGAGUUGAUUAUUCGGUCCGACGAAAAAAUAUAUAAUUUUUCGUGAGCUCGGCCCGAAGAUUCGUCAAUGCGUCAGUCAGUUUCGAGCCGCCCCGGCGACCGCGUCUCCGCCGUCAGUCGCAGCCGCGAAGCCGACUCGUGCACAACCUAUAGUACAAAAAAGCGUACAAAUUUUUUCAGUGAGGUGAACGCGUCCCGUUCUACGCGAGUAGUGAUAGUGCAGUGCCAGUGAUAUGGAUGAACCCCGGCCGGUGAUAAGCCCGCAGACGUUAGCGAGAUUUUAGAUAAUCGAAUUCUAUUAUUCGAUUUGCUAAAAUCCAGCUGCGCCGCUCGGCCGCUCUGAGACGGUUAAAUCUUCUCUCUGCUUCGGUUUUCUUUUUACAGAUUGUCUUGUGUUAUCGAAUAGCUAACGGGAGCGAGUGAACGGAACCGCAGUAAACUCAAAAGUGCCUUAAUAUAAUGAUCGUUUAAAAGGAGAGAUUAUAAACGGGAACCACGGCGACAAAAUGCCAAAAAACUUGCUGCUUUUCAAAAAGUUAAUACCCGAAAUAAACUUCGCGAAAAGAAAUGUUACUUCGCCGCUCGGUCGAAAUAUAUUUAUCAGUUAAAUCGGUGGUGCUUAAGUAUCAACAAAGUUGAAAAUAUAGACAGUGCCAUAGUCUUUUCCAAGAAAAUUCUUAUGGUGACACCGGAUUGCCUUACCGACAUAGUCUGGAAAACUGAACAUCAGUGAUACUAGUGUAAGCCGCGAUGCGAAUUCGAUUCGCGCGCCUUCAGAAUUGGUCGCAAAUCACUUAAAUUUAAAAAGAGAAGCCAGAAGGAACUAUGAAUAACAACCAAUUCCAAGAAUUAUUCGGAUCUCAAUGGCCCCCCGACCAGCACGGGGGCCACUCGUCGGCCUCGACGAUGCUACAUCAGGGCCAGCUGCCGCAGGGGAUGCAGCUGAAGAGGGAGCACCCGGAGGUGCCGGGGCCCAUGCACCAGAUGGGCCUGGACGCCUCGGGCUCCGUGGCCGACAGCACCUCCCCGCCGCCCGGCAGCAGCGACGCCAUGUUCGGAUCCUCCAUCUCCGGGAUGUUCAUGGACAAGAAAGCCGCCAACUCUAUACGAGCCCAAAUCGAGAUAAUCCCGUGCAAAGUAUGCGGCGACAAGUCGUCGGGGGUGCACUACGGCGUGAUCACGUGCGAGGGCUGCAAGGGCUUCUUCCGCCGGUCUCAGAGCACAGUGGUGAACUACCAAUGCCCGCGGAACAAGGCGUGUGUGGUGGACCGCGUUAACCGGAACCGCUGCCAGUACUGCCGCCUGCAGAAGUGCCUCAAGCUGGGGAUGAGCCGUGAUGCUGUCAAAUUCGGCCGCAUGUCCAAGAAGCAGAGGGAGAAAGUAGAGGACGAGGUGCGGUACCAUCGCGCACAGAUGAGGGCACAGACCGACGCCGCCCCGGACUCGGUGUACGACGCCCAGCAACAGACGCCCAGCUCCAGCGACCAGUUCCACGGACAUUAUAAUGGGUACCCAGGAUACGGUUCUCCAAUACCGUCAUACAACUACAACAACCCGGGUCCACCUCUGACAACAAACAUAAAUCUACAACCACAAGCGCCACACCAGUAUGACAUAUCAGCUGACUACGUCGACUCCACCACAUAUGACUUCAUUGGCCACGACGAGCAACAAAAGAACAUCCGAGCGACCACAUCGACAGUUACCGCGACCACUUCGACGACGACCAUGCGCCAGUCGACCAUAAACGAGAUAUCCCGACCACGGAUACAGGAGUUCGACAGAUACGACGAACGGAUUCAGUCGCCGGCCUCCAUCUCGAGCGGCGUGAUAAACAUAAAGCAGGAGAUAAAGCCGGAGACGUCGAUGGGUGUGGACAACCUGGUCGCGAGUUACGUGGAUUCGACGACGUUCUUACACAGUCCGACGAAUAUACAGAACAGUCCGAUGGACAUACAGAACACGGUGCUCGUCAGUGGUCAGAGUUCAGUGGCGUUGACUAACGACGAGCUCAGUCCAGAUGAUCUGACGUCGAGUAGUGGUCACGGGCGGUUGAUGGACCCCCUCAACAUGAACAUGUCGGGAAUGGGGAUGGUGAACCCGAAUGCUGUGAGCAACAGACGACAUCCUGGGUCGAGCAGCUCCAGCGAGGAUCUGCCUUCGGAGGGAGACAUCAGCAAGGUUCUGGUGAAGAGUCUGGCAGAGGCGCACUCCAACACAAACCCCAAGCUGGAGUUCAUACACGAGAUGUUUCGGAAGCCACCAGAUGUGCCCAAACUACUAUUCUACAACUCCAUGACCUACGAGGAGAUGUGGCUCGACUGCGCCGCCAAGCUCACCUCGAUGAUACAGAACAUCAUUGAGUUCGCCAAACUCAUUCCCGGCUUCAUGAAGCUAAGCCAAGACGACCAGAUACUGCUACUGAAGUCAGGUUCGUUCGAGUUGGCGAUCAUCCGCCUGUCCCGACUGAUCGACAUCAACCGCGAGCAGGUGCUGUACGGUGACGUGGUCCUGCCCAUCCGGGAUUGUGUCAACACACGUGACCCUCGCGACAUGUCGCUGGUGGUGGGUAUAUUCGACGCGGCGAAGAACAUCGCCCGACUGAAGCUGACGGAGACUGAGCUCGCACUGUACCAGAGCCUCGUGCUGCUGUGGCCAGAGCGGCACGGCGUGCGCGGGAACCCGGAGAUCCAGUGCCUCUUCAACAUGUCCAUGGCGGCCAUGCGCCACGAGGUCGAGACCAACCACGCGCCGCUGAAGGGUGAUGUGACAGUGCUCGACACGCUGCUCGCCAAGAUACCCAACUUCAGGGAGCUGUCGCUGAUGCACCUGGAGGCGCUGUGCCGCUUCAAGACCGCGCACCCUCACCACCAGUUCCCGGCGCUAUACAAGGAGCUGUUCUCCCUCGACAACGUGCUCGACUACACCCACGGCUAACGGCCCCGAGCCCUGCUGACGCCCACUUGUUAACCUAUUUAUAAUUGUAUGUAUGUACUUUGAGACUGUUAUAACGAUAUUUACGUAUAGGUACGUACCUACAAUAUUUUUUAAUGUUUAUUUGCGACUGGGCCGCUCCGACAACGUUGGGAACCGUACGAACGUUACGGUUGUCGGCCGGAUCGGGACGGUUAUCGGCCAGACAGAGACGGUUGUCGGCCGUACUGGGAUGGUUGUCAGCCGGACUGAUACGGUUGGCCGGACCGGGAUGGUUGUCGGCCGGAUCGAGACGGUUAUGUAUGCCGGAUCGGUACGGUUAUCGACCGGUUCGGUACGGUUGUCGGCCGGGUUGGUUCGGUUGUUGGCCGGAUCAGUAAGGUUGUCGGCCGGACUGGGACGGUUGUCGGCCGAACCGGGCGGUUGUCGGCGGCCCGGGCGUCUUUGGCGACGUCGGCGGCGGUCGGACUGACAUGUGAGCGGCGCUCGCGCCGUUUAGAUGUAAUAUAUUUAUCUUAAAUUGUAUCUAACAUUGAUGAAGAAAUAAUAAUUAUUAUAUAAAUAUAUAAUAAUAGAAAUAGAGUUUUUAUUAAGAAAUAAAGAAGUUAUAAAGGUAGAUUAUCGCGUUUGCGCUCCGUUGUUUAUGAUAGGCCUUUUUUAUAAUUAUCUUUAACCUUUUUUUAAAAGAGAAUUGUAAUUUGUUAUUUAUUUCAAAUGAUUAAUAAUAUUGAUGUUUUUUUUUCUAGUAGUCGAUUACGUUGUAAUAUAGGAACAUGAGAUACUGCCCUCUUUGUAUUUGUUUCGUUAGCUUUUUCUAAUGAAAUUCGGAUGUAUUCUGAGUAAUAUUAAUGUAAUUUUAAAUAUCGAUAAGUUGCGAAUACAAAUCUGCGUGAACAAAGUGAACACCUCCGCGAUCAAGUCCUAUUAUUAUGUUCGAUCUAUUUAUGUAUUUAUAUUUAUUUCCGAACGGAUUGUCUAUCGCGUUGCGUAUGUAUCGGAGGGUUCGCAUAAUAAUAAGAGUUGAUCCCUAAGAUUUUCAGUCAAAAUUAGCAGGCAAUUUAUCCUCUGAUCUCACGCACUCGGCGGGCGGCGCCCCGGGCCCCCGCCCUUGCCGCCCCGGCCGCCCCCGCGCCGCCCUUCGCGCCCUCGGGCGGCGGUUCGCAUAACGAAGCACAGAUAAUGCAUAAUAUUUUUUUUUUACAUUUGUAUACGUAAGCUCUGUACGUACGCUAAAUUGCCUGCUUAGUUUCGUUUUAGAGUUAAAUUUUUCUAACAGUACGGUAAGUUUUGUCGAAUAGCCUUUACUAUAGACUGGAUUAUAUUAAUGUUAAAUCUUAAAUUAACUCGUAUAAUGUAAAUAGCUAUUAAUCGUAUGUAUUUUAUAUUAAAUAAGGUUCGAUGGGUUAUUUUUAAUUUUACAUUCUAUAAAAAUUAUAAAUGAAAAACAAUUUUUCCACGAUGCGUCGACGUUAGGGUCAUGUGAAAAAUAUUGUUUUCGACUUUCUAUAUAUUAUAUAUUUUUUGUUAAAUAA